GACACCUGUGAGGUGAUAACAAAAGAAUACAUCAACGGCGUAGCAUGAUGCGAAUGGCCUCUUCACAAAUCUUGAUCACUUUUCUCAUCGUUCUCUUCCAUUUUCAACACUCAUCAUCAUUCUCCCUCUCUGUGGAAAAACCCCAGCAAGAUAUUAUAGUUUCACCCACAGGCACAUUCACAGCAGGCUUCUACCCUGUUGGAGAAAAUGCUUAUUCCUUCGCCAUAUGGUUCACUCAAAAACAUAAAAACCUCGACAAGGCCACCGUUGUUUGGAUGGCAAAUCGUGAUCAACCAGUUAACGGGAAACGCUCAACACUUUCCCUUCUUAAAACUGGCAACCUCGUCUUAAGUGACGCAGGAUAUUCCAAUGUUUGGUCCACUAACACUAACUCAUCCAAACUACUUGAGUUGUUUUUGUCCGACACCGGAAAUCUCAUUCUCAGAGAGCGUAGUAAAAAUGAUUCCAUUUUGUGGCAAAGCUUUGAUUUCCCAACAGAUACCCUCCUUCCUGAUCAAAAAUUUUCAGGGUACAUGAACCUUGUUUCAUCCAAAAGCGGCACCAACUAUUCCUCGGGCUUCUACAAGCUAUUUUUCGACUCAACCGAUUUUCUCAUACUUCUCUACGGUGGCCCUUUGUAUUCAACUAUAUAUUGGGAUAGGUCCUAUAGUUGGGAUACUAGUAGGUCAUACAAUAACAGCAGGGUUGCGAAACUAGGUGUUUUGGGCGAUUUCAUUUCUUUUAAUGGUUAUACUUUAAUGACAAGUGAUUAUGGGACAGUGCUCCAACGAAGAUUGACCCUUGAUUUUGAUGGUAAUGUUCGUGUUUAUAGCCGAAAACAUGGACAAGAGAAGUGGUCAAUUUCAGGGCAAUUUCACCAACAACCUAUAAAAAUAUAUGGAAUCUGUGGACCUAAUAGCUUUUGCAUUAACAAUCCAAGAAAUGGUAGAAAGUGUUUGUGUAUUCCGGGUUAUAGUAGGAUUGAUAGUCAAGAUUGGUCUCAAGGGUGCAAACCAAGCUUCCAACUUUCAUGCAACAACAAAACAAAGUCCGAGACUCGCUUCCAACACUUACCCCAUGUUCAAUUUCAGGAAGACAAUUCAUACGGGAAUGCCUAUUAUUACUACCAGGCAAAUUACACCUAUAAACAAUGCAAGCAUCUCUGCUUGAGAAUGUGCCAAUGCAUAGCUUUCGAGUACCGUUUGGCACAGGACGGGGAGGUUAGCUAUGAUUGCUACGUGAAGACACAGUUACAAAACGGGUAUAGUUCACCAGAUUUCCAAGGAUCAACAUUCUUGCGAUUGCCAAAAAGAAAACAUGUUUUUCUCAGUGAGAAUGUUGUAAAAAACGAUAGCUUGGUUUAUUCGAGAGAUAAUGGAGUAAAACAACUAAGAAGAUCAUAUGUGGAAGGCAAAGAAAAUGGACUAGUCAAGUUUAUGCUUUGGUUUGCUACCGGUUUAGGAGUAAUUGAGGUGUUGUGCUUCUUUAUGGUAGGGUGCUUCUUAUUUAAGAAUAGGAAACCUUCUAGUGUAGCUAAUCAUGAGAACAUUCUUGCAGCAGCAAUAGGGUUUAGGAAUUUCAGUUAUUGGGAAUUGAAACAAGCUACAGCAGAUUUUAGUCAAGAGAUUGGAAGAGGUGCUGGUGGAACUGUGUAUAAGGGUGUUUUAUCCGAUAAUCGAGUUGUUGCGAUAAAGUGUUUACAUGAAACGAAUCAAGGAGAUAGUGAGUUUCUUGCUGAAGUUAGCAUCAUUGGAAGGCUUAACCACAUGAACUUGAUUGAAAUGUGGGGUUAUUGUGCAGAAGGAGAGCAUAGGUUGUUGGUUUAUGAGUACAUGAAAAAUGGCUCUUUAGCUGAAAAUCUCUCAUCAAAUGCACUUGAUUGGGGCAAGAGGUUUAACAUUGCUCUAGGAACUGCAAAGGCUCUUGCUUAUUUGCAUGAAGAAUGUUUGGAGUGGAUUUUGCAUUGUGAUAUAAAGCCACAAAACAUUCUUAUUGACUCUGAUUACCAACCCAAAGUAGCAGAUUUUGGGUUAUCUAAGCUAUUACAAAGAAACAAUGUUGAUAACUCAAGUAUUUCAAGGAUGAGAGGAACAAGAGGUUACAUGGCACCUGAAUGGGUUUUCAACUUGCCUAUCACAUCAAAGGUGGAUGUUUAUAGCUAUGGAGUUGUGGUGUUGGAGAUGAUUACCGGAAAGAAUACAACUACAUCUAUCCAAAUCUCAGAAAAUGGAAUGGAGUCACCUAACGAGAGGUUAGUAACAUGGGUGAGAGAGAAAAGAAAGACGGUUUCAGAAGUUAGAUGUUGGGUUGAACAAAUAGUUGAUCCUUCAUUGGGAUCAAAUUAUGACAUUGUUAAAUUGGAGACUUUGGCAACGGUGGCUUUGGAUUGUGUUGAGGAAGAGAAAGAUGUGAGACCUACCAUGAGUCAAGUUGUUGAAAGGCUCCAAAGUCAUGAACAUGAUUCUUGAUUGUUUCCCUUAUAUAGAUAGAGUGAUCUUAGGAUUAGCUUGCUAUCUAAGAUGAUCAACUUCAUUUUACUUUCAGUUUUAUUGCAAUAUAUAUAAAGGCUUAAUGCACAUUGUAUUUUCUUUGAAUGAUUGUGAAUAAACAAAAUAGUUUUUACUAUGGCAUGUAAGAAUCUUUCCGACUAGGAAUAGAAAUCGAAAAUGAAGAAUAUAUUCAAAACUUAAGUAAAUAAAUGGAAGGAAUCACCAUAUAUAUGUUUUAGAUUUGCAGGCAGAUGUAACCAUCAUGAAUUAAUCG